AUGGCAAAUACUAGCAACACAGCCGACUCUUUUGAGGCCAUCAUGGUCCACCCUGCACUCCGCAAGGCCACCGACCUAGUCCCAGCAGAGUCUUGGGUCUCUGCCAUGGCUUCAAUCAACUCUCUUGUAAAUCACGGCAUGACUAAAGAUCUGCUGCUCGUCUUCGAGGGUGAAGCAGAUGGAGUCAAGCGCUAUAAUGGUUUUGAUGACCUCUGGGAUGCCGAAGGCGACUGCACAGUCAGGCUGGACAAUCAAGAUGUCUGUUUUGACAGCAGGAUUAUUCUCGGAACCAAUUCACAAGACCUCAUCUCGCUGAUCUCAGAAUGUGUUUGCGAAAAGGGUAGGCACUACCGCUUCAAAAUGCCUCCACUUGGCCAGGAUAUGGAGAAGGUCGGCAAAUACAACCUGGCCAUUCGCAACUUUAUCGCAACCCUCAUCCGCAGACCCCUCAUCGGAUGUACUCUGGUGUCUGCUCUGGAAGAUCUGCAGAUCGUUGUGAAACAUACCUUCAAGUGGCAGCACCAGCCAGAGAGAGCUGCCGAUUUCGUCCGCGAUUAUGUGCAGGAAUCGAAGCUUGACAACUUCACCAAUAGACCUGCUGAUAUAGGCAAAUUUCUGGCAUGGACGGAAGAGAUCCGUUGGUCCAGAGCUUUUGUCGAAACCUUCGCUCAUUGCGUAGGUAUGCUCAACUGUGGAGUCCUUGAUCACGAAUCCCUGGACAAUCUUUCGCCAACAACACGGGCUCUUCUGGAACACAGCUGCACACAUAUGCACUACCGUCUCUCAUCCACUGAGAUGCCCAUGGCCGUAUUUGGCAUCAAUUCAAAUACUUUGGCUAGACUCGAAGAUCACGCUGGGGUCAAGAAGUCGCUCCUGGCCUUUCAAGACUUCCUUCGACAGCACUAUGCUCAACUCUACGGAACAUGGCCGCCGCCUGUACACCAGAAUAGCGGACACUGGUUGACACGUUCGGUGGCUCACCGCUUGCAACAAGAUUUUGGCAACCUCUACGAUCUACUUGUCGACAGAGACAUUCACAGUCGAGCGAUCACUCCCGCGCACGUUGGUUCCUUAGGCUGUGCGCUUGACAGAAGACAGCUUCUUGCAUCGUGGGACCACCAGAAUGGUUUCCAAUCCCUGCCACACUCCACUCCCAAGAUCCCGGACUACUCCCCUACCAUGGUCGUAGAGCAGGAAGAAGAGAAGGGAGCCAGACGUUCAUCUCUCAUCCCAGCUGUCCAGAAGCACCGUAAGAAGGCUCCAGACCUUUACAACAUCUACACACGUGCUAUCAACUCUGAGGCGCAGUUGUCGACAUUCUGCAAAGCCUUCUUGAACCACGAGAGCUCGACCAAGCACCAACAGAUGGACACACACGAAGGUCGUCUCGGACGUUGGAUCAUUGUUUACUACACGAUGCAGCUGCUCUCCAGAGUCGCUGUCGACAUUCAGGGCCUUCGCUACACCCUGGGCGUGGAAUACCAUCUGAAUGCGGACCUCGACGGCACCCCACCGUGGAACUCUGACGACUUUCCUGCGACCAUGCGCCCAGCCGGUCCUCAGUACGCGUGGGCUGCAUUGUUCGCGAGAGCUACUAUGCCACCUCGUACCCCUGGCAGUGCUCAGAAGAAAGCAACCAAGGCCAAACUCAAGGUUAUUCACUUGGCUGAUGGCCGAGUCAUGCUGCAAGACUCUGAUGGUCAUGUCAUCUUCAGGUAG